UUGUUCCCCAUUUGAGGAAGCUGCACAGAAAUUUAGAUAACUGUUUCGCUUAAGCCAUUGUCUGCCCCGUUUCUUGUCUCUUCAGUGUCUCACCAAGUUUUCCAGUAAAAUUUUUUCUCUUUGUUUCUGUUCUCUUUGUUGAAUUUUUUUCUCUUUGUUUCUGUUCUCUUUGUUGAUUAGGGCCCUGUGGAAGUUGAAGUUGUGAUUUGAAGCUCUGUUCUAUAGGUAAAACAUAGUUGGAAGUACUAAGGUGAAAGUUGAUCGGAACAAAGGUAUUACUUUGAGCUCUUGGUGGUAUCUCCAUUUUAAUACAGCCAUGACCCAUGCAAGUUCGAUCCAAUUAUCCCAAGAAUUAAGGAUUCAUAAUAGUCGUGGAUGCAGUAGCCAACAAACUUGUGUCAUGGGAAAGGGAAAGAACAGAGUACAUUUGGUUAACGUCAGUCUUUCAUCGCAUGGUUUGCAACAGGGUGCUUGGACUGUUCACUUUUUAAGUAGCUCGCGUAGGCCAAUAAUUGCUGCACCUUCCAAAUGCAAUGUUUUUGUAUGCCGAUCUCUUCUAACACCCAGCGGAGGAAAUGAGAUUCCUGUUCUGAAAUCUGCAUCUGUGGUCUUGACGAGGUCGUAUGAUGCCCUGUAUAGAAGCCAACUUGUGCUUAAAUUGAUCCCAGCAGUUGGUAUCAUUGCUUUUGCCACUUGGGGUCUUGGUCCACUUAUGCGCUUGGGCAGGAUUAUUUUUCUCCAUAAAUCUGAUAAUAAUAGGAAUAAAAGCCGAACAAAUUAUAUGGCCUCAUAUCUUCAACCAUUGCUACUGUGGACUGGAGCAAUACUCAUCUGCAGGGCAUUUGAUCCUGUAGUUCUUCAGUCAGAAGCAAGCCAGGCUGUGAAGCAACGACUUCUGAAUUUUGUACGAUCACUAUCAACUGUGCUGGCAUUUGCCUAUUGUUUAUCAAGCUUGAUACAACAGGCCCAAAAGUUCUCCACAGAGAUGAAUGACUCUGAUGAUGCAAGAAAUAUGGGAUUUAAUUUUGCUGGAAAAGCUGUUUAUAGUGCUGUUUGGAUUGCUGCUGUAUCAUUGUUCAUGGAAUUGCUAGGUUUCUCUACGCAAAGAUGGCUCACAGCUGGGGGUCUUGGUACAGUAUUACUCACCCUUGCUGGUCGGGAGAUAUUUACAAAUUUUCUUUCAAGUAUAAUGAUCCAUGCAACACGCCCAUUUGUUGUGAAUGAAUGGAUUCAGACAAAGCUCGAAGGCUAUGAGGUUUCUGGCACUGUUGAGCAUGUGGGAUGGUGGUCACCUACAAUCAUAAGAGGUGAUGAUCGUGAAGCAGUUCACAUUCCAAACCAUAAAUUCACUGUGAAUGUUGUUAGAAAUCUCAGCCAGAAGACUCAUUGGCGCAUUAAGACUCACCUUGCUAUCAGUCACUUGGAUGUCAACAAAAUUAAUAACAUCAUUGCUGAUAUGCGCAAGGUUUUGGCCAAAAAUCCUCAAGUGGAGCAGCAAAGGCUGCACAGAAGAGUUUUCUUGGAUACCAUUGAGCCCGAGAAUCAGGCUCUCAAGAUUUUGGUAUCAUGCUUUGUGAAAACCUCACAUUUUGAAGAGUACCUGUGUGUAAAGGAAGCAAUACUCUUGGAUCUUCUCAGAGUUAUAAGCCACCAUCGGGCCCGGCUUGCCACACCCAUCCGAACUGUUCAGAAAAUAUACAGUGAGGCUGAAAUGGAUAAUGUGCCAUUUGCUAACACUAUUUUCACUCGUUCAGGAGUAGCUGCUAACCGCUCAUUAUUUCUGAUCGAACCCUCUUAUAAAAUCAAUGGUGAUGAUAAAACUAAAGGUUCAACUCGUUCAGUACGUGCUAAUGAGGAAAAGGAUGCAAAGAUUGAAGUUGCCUCAACAUCGGAGUCUAAAGCAGAUGCAAGUGCUGGAUCAAUGCCAAACGUUGAUUCAAGAACAGAUAAAGUCACUGCAACAACCUCCGACUCCAACACAACUUCAAAGCCUUCAGCAAUCCCUGCAUCGGACCCCCAACUUGAGAAAUCAGUGGGCAGGCCUCCAUUGGAGGAGAACAUUGUUCUCGGUGUUGCCCUUGAGGGCUCAAAACGAACACUUCCAAUUGAAGAAGAAAGUGCCCCAUCUCCUUUACCCCCAGAGUCAAAGGAAUUGGCUGCCAGUCGGAACGGAGGUGGGUCCUCUUCUGUUGUGAAGGAUAAGAAAGAUGGUCAGAUGCCGACAGUUCCAAAUAUCUCAAAAAUUGAUUAACACUAUGAAAAGUUUGUGAAAUUCUGUGCUGUCAUAUAUGCCUCUUAAACAUUGAAACUGUACAAGAAUGCGAUUGCUGUGUUUUUGAAGCUGUCGCAAUGCUGUUCAUACAAGUCAGGAAUUGUCAUUCUUGUGAAUAAUUAUUAUUUUUUUUUUUUUAUAACUGUUGUGAAUAAUUGCUAAAUUGAAAAGUGCUAAUAUGAAGGAGAAGAAAUUGACAAGCCAAUGGAGCCAAUUAACUGCA